AAUUAAUCAAUAAAAUCACCAAGAUGAAUAACACAUUAAGUGAUACUCUAACUUGUUUGCCCAAAGAUUUUCAAGGAACUGAAUUAGGAGAGGGACAGUUAAGUGAUUAACAAAAAGUGAAGUAAUGUUUAGUAUAUAAAUAACAGAUUAGUGAAUUUGGGCAUGAUGACUCCUUUGAGUAACACUUUGACAUAUGAUUUUGAAUAAAUGACUUUAGACACUUCACCAAAAGAGAGUGUUGUAAAUAAUAAAUAUUGUGAAAAUAUUGACACCAUAAAUGAAUAAGAAGAAAAUAAAUACAAAUUACAAGUAGAUUUAAAUCAUUAUGAUUAAAAGAAAUAUCAAAGUUUCAAAGUGCCUAAAGAAUAAAUUAGAAAAUCACCUAAACGUAAGACUUGUUAACCAUAACAUACUUUGGCUUUUUGGGAUAUAAGUGAAUAAAAUUAAGAAACAUAAAUCGAUUAAUAAUCACCCGAUACAACUUAAAUGAAUGCCCAGACAUUGAAAUUUAUCAAAGAACUCUGGAAUUCAGAUAAAAAUGAGACUGAAUAAUUUAAAGACAUUGUUGAAUCAAAAAUCCAAUAUUAAAAUCAACCUUUAGUGGAUUAUCAUAGUCCAAUCUAUGAACCUGAUAUAGAAAUGGAUUUAUAUAUAACUAAUUUAGUAGUAAGAAUUUAAAUAUUAACAUCAUAGGAUCAACUAUGGGGUAAUUAGAUUAUUAGUAGAAAAUUAUAAAAAAUGCUUGAAUCAGGUUCUAAUGAUUAAAAAGAAUUGAUUGUACAAAAAUUAGAGAGAGUAACUCCUUAAAUUCAAAAAGAUAUAUUUGGUAAUUAUGUUGUCUAAAAAGUCUUUGAAUGCAGUAUUUAUAUAUCAUAAUCAUUAUUAUUAGCCAAUAAUACAUUGUAAUUCAGAAUGUUUAAUAAACUCAAACCUCACUUUUAUGAUUUAUCUAAAAACACUUUCGGUUGCAGAGUCAUGUAGAAAUUGAUAGAAUACACUUAUAAUAGAAAUGAUCUCCAAAAUAUAGUCUUAUAAUAAUUAUAAUCCAAUAUCAGAACUUUAAUUUAUGAUUUGAAUGGAAAUUAUGUNUAAAUAUAUUUAAAUAAAAUACUAUAUUUUCUAACAUAAAAAUAGUCUAAAUGAGG